CGCCAUCAGUAGUCGCCGUCUGCUCGCUGAAGAAAAACAAUGAAGUCGCUGCUGAAAUUGCACUCACUAAAAAGCUUUCUCAGGCCUUCUCUGCCCUCUGCCAUCGCCCAUGGACUCCCCGGCAGACAGUCUUCACACUUUACCUACGUUCCUGACACAGUUGCAGAGGCGGAAGGAGAGACUGUAAGGCAGAAUCUAUUCCAGUCCAUCAAUUCAGCUCUAGAUUUUGCCCUGGCUACAGAUGACUCAGCUGUGAUAUUUGGAGAGGAUGUCGGCUUUGGAGGAGUCUUCCGAUGCACGGUUGGACUGCAGGACAAGUAUGGGAAGGAUCGGGUGUUCAAUACUCCACUGUGCGAGCAGGGCAUUGCAGGCUUUGCAAUCGGAGUCGCUGUUGGAGGAGCAACAUCCAUUGCGGAGAUGCAGUUUGCUGAUUACAUUUUCCCGGCCUUUGAUCAAAUUGUGAAUGAAGCAGCCAAAUAUCGUUAUCGUUCAGGCAAUCUCUUCGACUGUGGUAAGCUAACAAUUCGAGCUCCCUGUGGUGCUGUGGGUCAUGGCGCCCUCUAUCACUCGCAGUCUCCUGAGGCUUACUUUGCUCACACUCCGGGUCUCAAGAUUGUGGUUCCCCGUGGCCCAAUCAAAGCAAAGGGCCUCUUACUCUCCUGCAUUCGGGACGAUAAUCCAUGCAUCUUCCUGGAGCCGAAAGUCUUGUACCGCUCAGCCGUUGAAAUGGUACCCACAAAGGAGUACACGCUCCCCCUCUCUUCAGCGGAUAUUGUAGAUGAAGGUGAUGAUAUAACUCUCUUGGGAUGGGGUACGCAAGUCCAUGUACUGAGAGAAGUUGCACAGAUUGCCCGGCAGCAGCUCAAUGUGUCCUGUGAAGUGAUAGACCUCGUCACCAUCCUCCCCUGGGACCGCCAGACUGUUUUCAAUUCUGUGAAGAAGACAGGCCGAUUGAUUAUUGCGCAUGAAGCUCCAAUAACUAAUGGAUUUGGGGCAGAGAUAGCAGCAGCAGUUCAGAAUGAAUGUUUCCUACACCUGGAAGCCCCCAUCGAGAGAGUAUGUGGCUUUGACACUCCCUUCCCUCACGUCUUUGAGCCAUUUUACCUGCCAGACAAGUGGCGUUGCUUCAGUGCCAUCAAGAAGUUACUAAACUAUUAAUAUUUGGGAUUGACAAAAACGGUGGUGCAGCUGUUGAUGUUAAGGUUGUUUUCUAUUUGGUAGUUGGUCUUAGUAACAGGUACAAAGGAAGAUUUAAAUUUUGAUUUGGGCAAAAGUUUGAUCUUCCAGGGUCCUCAACUUGUCUAAUGUGUUAUUGCAUUUUAGAUAGUUAUUUUUUAUGUAAAAAUAUGGGUGGACUCCAUUGUCUUCGCUCACUUGGUAUGCCAUACUUUUUUGUAGAAGUAUUUACAAAUAAAGGGAAGUGUUAAAGCCUUAGCUGUAUUUUAUAUUUUAGUAGAAGAAAGUUCAUAGGUAUGUCUUUGCAAUAGUAUUUUGAUGUGAGAAUGGCUCAGAAUAAACAUGCUUUCUUUGGUAAUUUUAGUCUUUUGGUUAUAAAUUAAAACACUUGUGUCAUUAGUCUUUUGUGGAUUAAAUAUACUUUAUCACAAAUGUACUUAAGACAGGUUCUGACAGCUUGUAUCAGUAUAUGUGCUUGCACAAAUAUACCCUCAAACAAACAGGCACGCACAUGCAAUAAAUGUACACAAUUUAGAAAAGAAUUGAAGUGAAACAACCUACACAAUGAUGGAAAGGAUUAUGUUCUGUAACUUCUGCAUCGUACUAAAGGCAGCAAGACAGGAGCAAUAAGUCAUGAUAUUUUGUCAGAUUGGAUUAGUCAUUGGCCAAUAAAACUGAAAUAGCAUUCAGGAUUUAUCCUUUGAUGAGGAGGUCUUUUCUGACGGGAAUUCAUGGUUUAUUUUUCCUUUCUCGCUAUGGUUUUUAUUUUAUCAUUGCACACACUUUACUGUAUUUAUAUUUUUAGUUCAUACAGGAUCAGUAAAUUUGACAUUGAAACUUGGGAUGUAUAGAUUAAAAACUGGACUGAAUUAGUUUCCUUAGUGCUUUUGAAUUCUUUGUAAAAAUGUGUUUAUAUCAUAUGAAGUUUUGGAAUGUAUAGAUAUACAUGAAUUUAAUAUUGGAAAGAGUAUAGCAUUCAUAUCUGUGGUAUUUUUUAAUGAAUCUCAUUAUUGGUAUAGUUUGGAAGAUAAUAAUUAUUAUUUUGAGUUUAAAAAGCAGAGAGGGAAAUCAGGUUUUAGUAAAAAUGAAUCCUUUUUUGCUGUAACAUUGGCUUUAAUAAAAAGAUUCUCCAUUAAAAAUGUGAAUGUAGGGUAAGUGUCUCGGAAUUGCAACUUGUCAGAACUUAAAAGGAAAACAGAUUGUGAUAUUUGUUGUUUUGUUGACUGGGAAACCAAAAGGGAAUAUAAUGCUUUCCAUUAUUGUGCAAAAUAAGGUCAAGGUUGAAUGCAUGUGUACUCAAAGCACGAGAACCGCCAGUUGGGUUUCUACGAGUGGUUUGCAAGCAUCCUGAUUAAAAAUGUUCAGAUUUACUAAAACGAAGGUCUGUAAUAUGUGUAAUGCAUAAAUAUGGUUUAUUCACUAUUCAUAAAACUAUUUUCCUCAGGAUUCACAGUUUGGUGUAUAGUAGAAUUCAUGCGACAAUUAAGAAAUUUUACUUUUGUGAUAUCUAGUUAAAAGAGUAAUUGUUAGAUAAGUAAUUAGAUGUUGUAAAUAUAAAUAUAAUUUUGUAGACAC